CACCAACACAACCACCCACGACGCAAACCACCAGAAAGACUUUUACCCAGAAGCCUGUCAUCUAAAUGUAACUUGACAAUCAUGGCCGAUAUGGAGGGCGGCACUGCCCAAUUUGAAGAGGACGAUCACCGGGCCGUAUACAUAUUCAACCCUGGAGAUGGUGAUGGGGACAUCCAACUCAGCGCUCGUCCCGCAAAGAGACGCAAAGUGGCCAAGAAAGACGCAUCAAAACUGCAGCAGCCACGCGCUGCACUCAGUCUGGGCUCAGAAUUCACGCCGCUGUUCAACGGGCUGGAGCGCCCUGCCGCUGUUGAACUUCGCAAGCAUCUCUUCGAAACCGCUUGGCCAGUGUUGGAAGAUGGCAUUCAGCAUGUUUUGAGAGAAGCAAACCGAAACACGCUCGAUGAGGUUGCUAGCUUUCUGCAGCAGGACCCGGGGUCUCAAACCGGCAAGAUUGCCGCAGCGUUCAUCAUCACCGGCCCCAACAUCGCUUCCCAGGACCUCCUGUUUGGACAGUUGGGUAGCACACUUUGCACCGCGACUCAAGCAAGGUUCGUCGGGCUACGCGCCUCAGAAGCCCCGAAUCUCAAAGCGGCCUUGAAGAAGAUCAUCCGAGAUGCCACGGCACGUGUGGUUGACGAUGAAGAGGACGAUCUGGAGCUUUCAGUUGGGCAGGAUGGGAGGAAAUAUUUGGACUACGACCUUGAGGCGCUCCAUGUCUUUCUGCGUCACCAGCACUCGCCGCGUCGGGUUAUUGUUGCGUUUCAGGACAGUGAAGCCUUCGAUAGCGGCCUGUUGGCCGACCUGAUCACGCUGUUCCACUCCUGGCACGACCGCAUCCAGUUUGAUGUGCUGUUCGGCAUCGCCACAUCGGUCGAGCUCCUCCAGGCGAGGCUGCCCAAAUCCACCGCCUGUCGUCUCCAUGGCGCCCAAUUCGAUGUCGUCCAAGCCAACUCUGUCCUGGAAAGCGUCUUCAAGACCGCUGUGGCCGGAAGCCAAGCCAGUUUGAGGAUCGGGCCGUCGCUGCUGCGGAGCAUGGUGGAACGCCAGCAACACCAGGUCGCCGGCAUUCAGGCCUUCAUCAGCGCCCUGAAGUACGCAUACAUGUGCCACUUUUAUGCGAACCCUCUCAGUGUGCUGCUCGAUAUCGAGCGCUGCGUGGACCGCGGGCUGUUGCAGCCAGAGCACAUUGAGGCUAUCCGGACCCUUGACUCUUUCAAACACCAUACCGAAGCUGCAGUGGAAGCCAGGCAGCUGAACCAUGCUCUGUCUCUGCUGGAAGAUGACGAGUACCUCAUCACCCAGGUGUUGGAGCAGAAACAAAAACAACAGGAGUACCUGACGCGUCUGCUGCGAUCCCUGCAUCUUGUAACCUCCUCCGGCCUCAACUCGGGCUUCUUUGUAGAGCUUUACAUGCUCGCCCUGAGUACAGGUAUCGACCUCGACGAAAAGUCAGGGGCGUUUUUCCUUGUCGACGGGCUGAGGCGACUAAGCCCCGACGAGUUUCUGUCCCUGAUAGACCGCAUCUCGGCUGCCAUGCGAACGGGGAGCCCAGAGCUUGGUCUGGAACCGUGGAUAGCUGAUGUCGACGAGUUUGCCCGUUCUCUUGCCGACCUCCGGGACGAGGUCGAGGGCCUGCUCCUCCGAUCAAAGAACAAGGGCACGACACUCAAGAGCAAGUACAGCGCACAGAGCAGGGUUCUGCGCACAACGGUAGUGGCUCAAAAGGUACAGCUCAGCCGAGACACGGCAACACUGACCGAGGAGGACAAUGCCUUUACCGCGGCCAUUGACACGUUGGCCGGUCUUUUGUCCGAGAACUUGCACUGCGACUCGAUUGACAAUCUCUUUCUUUACGAGGCCUGGGUGUACGACUGUAAAACGCCUUAUUUGGACGUCUUUGUUCCACGGCCGGGAGCAACCUUCGGACGGAGCCUCUCCCGGCCGCACGACUACCUUGCCUGCGAUUGCUGCAGCCAGGCAAAGGGCUCAUUGACAUCAUCACUGCCCACGACGUCCAUCCUGUACCAUCUCUAUCUAGAGGCGGGCGCGCUGAUCAACGUGGCGGAUCUGUGGUCUGCCUACUACACGCUUGUGGGUGACGAGUCUGAGAUUGGACUCGACGAGCGGUCGGCGCUGGUGCAUUUCUAUCGAGGCCUGGCCGAGCUCAGAAUGAUGGGCUUUGUGAAGCAAAGCAGAAAGAAGGCUGAUCACAUUGCCAAGCUGAAGUGGCUAUAACCAGAUUCCGUUCCGAGCGUGGGGCAGUUAUGAAUUGCAUUGUGGCAGUUACGAGGUUAUGGACCCGGGUUGUUGGUAUAUUUGCGAUUAUC